AUGCAUCAUUAUUUUCUAGCCAAUGAUGUUUAUUCUUAUCUAUCAAACAAUAUUCGACAAUCAUUAUCACAUGAUAUUUCUCAAUUUAUUAUUCAAGUUAUAAAUGUUACGUAUUCUAAAGAUACAACAUCUCAUUGGGCAGCACAAAAUCGAAUGAAAUAUUGCUUUUUUGAAUAUUCUCAUAUACCUGUUGAUAUAAUUGAUCUUUCAACAUUUCAAGGUAAACUUAUACAUAGUAGUGAUUACUGUUCAUCAGAACAAGCGCAUAACAAACGAAUGAUACUUGUUGGUGCAUGA